AUGAGCUCGUGCUCCCGCCUGAUCCUUCCUCAUUCCACCAGUCCUCGUCUCAAUUUGUCAGUUGCAGCGAGUGUACUUAUGUAUAAUGUAGACUUUCAUCCCUCCUUUCAAACUUGAAGCUAAUCAGAAACGCUCGAAAAACUCUUUGGCUCAGCCUAUUCUUUGAACUUCAAAUUGCACAGAUUCGAAAUUUAUUGAACCUUUUUUAGAUUUACUUUACGAAAAAAAAACUAUUCACUUUUGAUAUUUUUCGCUUGUCUCAAAGUUCAUCAGAAACAAAUUACGAAGUUUGAAAAUUGAGAAAGUAUCUCUUCUUUUUUUUGUCAUGAGGUAAAUUUUUGAUUUUUUUUUUAUAUAAGUUGUAUUUAAUUUUUCUGCUAGGAAUAAACAGUACUUAAAAAGCUUUCUAAAAAUUGAAUUAUGACUGUUCGUUGUUAAAAUUUGAAAUAAGACACGGGAAAAAUACGAAAGGGACCUCGCGUGUGCGUUUACAUAUUUAGUAGCGACAUCCUGCUGCGGCUCCAUUUUCGGCUUUUUUUUUCAAAUUUUUUCUUCCUUACAAUCAUCCCCUCACUUGUCUCUGUCAACAUUUUCCGAUAAGCCGGAGUUAAUUGUGAAAGAAGUUGUUCCACAUCUAUUUUUCUUAUUUCGGUUACGAUAGGUCUUCUAAAGUGUCGUUUUUGAUGAAUAUCAACAAGACUUUUCAUUAAUACUAAUUGAAAAAAAAAGCUUUUAUUGGAUAUUCAAUAGCUUUUCCUUGCAGAAAUAAAGAAAUAAUGAUAUUUUAUGCUUCUUUCUUCUUGAUAUUUUGCUUAAAAUGCAAUGCUAAAAAUUCUUUUUUUCUUGCAAAAGCUCAUUUUCGGAACGUCAUCUUUCUCUCAGGUGGUGAAACUUUAGAGUAACUUGUAUUCAUAAUAUUUUUGAACAGAGAACAUUUUUCUCUGAUUUUGGACUUCUUAUCGAGGUACAGCCGGACUUGUGUGGUAAAUUUUCUGCACCCGCACGGAAAAGUCCAACUUUUUUGCUGAAACAAAUUACAUGACGUCGCAAAUUUCUCAUUAACCAUGGAGGAACAAAAAACGGAAGUAAUCCUUUCUGGAAAACUUUUAUGUUUAGCUGCGUUUUUGCGAGAAGAAAAGUAUUCAAAGCCGCAAAAGCUGUUGUAAAACUUGUGCUGAAAUUCGAUAGGCCAAACUUUGCUCCAAAAACUUCGUUCCUUUCCCAGAUAAGCUCUUUGCGCCUGAAAUUUGUUAAAUUCGUCGUUCUUUUUUUACAUCGCUGAAACUUUGCGGAAGCUUUUUCCUGAUUUAUUUGGCCACCUGAUUCUCCUUUACGACUUCUUCUUUUCAGUCUCUUCUCGGUGCGGACUUCCGGCUCCUUUUGAAAUAUACUCAUUAAUGAAACAUAGUGAUAGAUUUAGUCUGGGAAACCUUUUCGAUGAAUUAUUCUCUUUUUUGGUCUCCCCACUAAUCUUAUCAUGGCUUUUUUGACAUAACCAUACACAUAAGAAAAAGUUUCAUUCGUAUCACAUAAAAGUUUUGUAUUUCUGACCAAAUUCAAAUCUUUUCCGUCACUGAAAAAUUAUCAACUGCUAUGACGUCUCAAUUUAUUUUUUUUUCCGAAAACUGUUGACUCAGCUGCCUGACGAAUAUUUUUGGCUUGGUUCCUUCUUUCAGGCCCUGGCCCCGUUUCAAUCCAACGUCCUAUUAUUUUCCUCCUCCUAAAAGAAUUUUCUCAUGAAAAAUAUCCCCUCAAAAGGCAAAAUGGUUCUAUGAAUAUCUGAAGGUCUCUCCACCGGCGAGAAAUUACGGCAGAACGUGUUAAUUGUUGUUGGAAGACGUGCGUCUCAAUCAAAAUUGUCGCCAAAAUAAUCUUUUACAAAGAAAAAACGACUUCCUUCUCAUUUUUGGCCGAGAAUUGCUGUUCACUUUUAUGUUUCUUUUUGGUGAUCAGUUGGAAUUAAUUCAAAUUGAAUAGAACGUUGAAGAAAAAACUUGUCAUUUUCUUUUCUUUUUUUUCUGACUCGCUAAAGAGUCUUUUAAUCCUCUUCUUAGCGUUGAUCGAUGGCGAAAAUACUUAUUUCGAGAUGUUUGAGGCUUUUUUUAUAUUUCUUGCAGCUAAUAUGAUUUUAUUCCCAAAAAGUUGUGGUACUUUGGUUCGAAGCUCUCUGAAUAAUUUCUCAAAAGUUUCAUAGAGGUUUGAAUUUGCUGGUUGGAAUUUCAGAUAUUUAUUUAAAACAUCGAAGAUAGUUUUUUUCUAGUUUUCAGAAUUUUGAGAGUCCAGAGAAAAAAACUACCUUCCUUCUCGAGCAAUAAAGCUAUACUAAAAACUCAAUUCACGAGAUAUUUUUUUAAAUAUUUUUUUCAGCUAAAUGAGUUAAAUCCAGGUCCCGAGGGUUAUAUGUAGAAAGUUUAAGCUUAAUCCGGCCAUUCUUUCUGAAGCUAUGAAGAACUGAUAUAAUCCACAAGAACAUCUCUGCCCUUUUCUCGGUUUUUUCUUCUUCUGCUCUCUGGUGCUCGACAAACUUUUUUUGAAUUGAAUGUUAGUUAUUGUAGCGAAAUUAUCUCGAAACGAUGGAGACAGCAGUGACGGUGAACGAACCGCCCGAAGUCAUAGAAAUAUACCAUCUUUCACCUUUCAUGAAGGUAUUUGGCUCGCAAGUUCCAACUCUCAUCCAAUCAUUCCGGGCGCUGUGCAUCUUCUUCUAUAGUUCGCUCUGUGUUCUGUGUGUCUACGGCAACGCGUUGGUCAUCAUGGUUAUUCUGUAUUUCCGACGACUUCGCACUGCCACCAACAUCUUUGAUCCUGAACCUGGCUGUUGGUCAGUGGAACUUUAGUCUAUCGACGGCUUUAGUUUUAAUGAAUCUUUACUCCCUCAACUUUUUGAAGACUAACCAUCAUGAGGUUCUGACAAGUCAGAGCAACGGUUUGACUUUAACAAAAGUAGUACUCAACGCUAUCAAAGAUACUGCUUCAGCGGACGUGCUCAUUUCGGUGGUCUGCAUCCCGUUUUCCUACUGGCAAGUGCUCAUUUUCGACGACCAGCGCUGGCUCUUCGGAUCCACACUCUGCUCUUUACUUGCCUUUCUCCAGGCCAUGGCUGUCUUUCUGAGCGCCUGGACCCUCGUAGUCAUUAGGUUAGAACUACGACGUUCUUCUUCAAUGCGAAGUCUCUUCUCAGCUUCGAUCGGUGGAUUGCCAUCAUGUUUGUCUUAUCGCCGAACGUACGUCUGACCAGACGUCGUGCACUGUAUCUUGUCGGCAUCACCUGGGCUUUCAGGUUGCCAUUUCUCAAUCAGUAGCGCUAACUGUGGUGAUUCAGUAUAAUGAUGGCUUUUCCAUUGUUUCUAACAACGAAAACAAUGGAGCUGGACGGGGUUACGAAUUGCGGAGAGGACUGGACGACUUUCGGGGAAGCCGGUGAGCAGGUAAGGAGAGAUUUCUGUCCAAAUGUGAGAGUUGUCGGCGACUGGUUAUUUUCCCUCUAAGUUUUAUGUUAAAAACUAUUCGCAUUUUGCAAAAUAAGUUGUAAAAAUCUCUUCAAAAGCAUAUUAGGGAACGUUUUUCACCUGAAACUUUGAUGAAGAGUAUUUUAGGACCUCCUGUUUAUAGAACGAGAAAAAAUAGAUCUGGUUUUCGAGCUGAGGCGCUUCAAAAGCUAAAAACGUUCCCUAGUUAGUACUUUUCAGUUUUGAAGAUUUUCUUCCAAAUAAUAUUAUGUACACAGCUCAUAGUGUGAAGAAAAUUUUGCGAUAGCUUCUUUUCAAAAUCGUAAAAAUCAGAUGAAAUUUUGAGUUUAUUCAUUUUCAUUUUCUAAGUCCAAGUUUCUUCGAGAAAUUAUUUUUUUUUCGUUUGUGUCAUGAAACUUUUGAGAUCAACUUUUCAGAAUUUUUUUUGUAACACUUCGGAUUCCAAGCUCUGUCCACAAGAAAGGCUGGUUAGAAUAUUUGUCGAAACAGGCUUCAACAUACCAUAAAAAAUUGCAUUUAUAGUACCUUAUUUUUCACUCACGAGGUGUUCUCUCAGAUGCGGAAGGUCUACUCAUCGAUGGUGCUGGUUCUGCAGUACAUCGUGCCUCAAACAGUCCUGAUCAUCACCUACACACACAUCGGCGUCAAAAUGUGGAACAGUCGCGUGCCGGGCGUCCAGGCUCUUGGAAACCAGAAAGUUAUCGUCGAAAGACACGAAUCCGUAAAAAAGGUUCCUUCAAAGCGGUUUCCAUCUGUAUUGUCGGUUUCCACAGCUCGUCCCGAUGGUUAUACUGAUAUCGGCGUUGUUCGCCUUGUGCUGGCUGCCCUUGUUGCUUCUGAUCAACGUCGUGCCGGAGAUCUACCCCAACAUCAACAGCUGGAACUACAUUUUGUACAUCUGGUUAGUAGGACUUCGUGACGUCAUCGUAGAUCGAUCUGUCAAUUACCAAUUUAUUUCAAAAGCAGAUAGGAGCAGAUUUUGUUCCAAGAAGUAUGAGGAUAUCGCAGAAACUUUAGUUUUCUAGUUUCGAGACCAUGUUCUUUAGAAAAAGUUAAAUAUCCAAACCAGAAGUUCCUAUAAAGGGGAGAUGAGGAAACUGAAAAGUUCAGAAAGGGAAGAAAUAUUUUUACGCACGAUUUUCGAAUAGUAGCUCUCUCACAUACGUUCAGGAAUCUUUGUUAGGCAAAAAUUAAUCUUAUUAGUUGACUUCUUUUAGCAACUUAUAGACUCACUACUCUAACCAGGGAAUGGUCUCCGGUCGCAGUGGGAUCUCUCAAUGAGACCAAUUUUUCCAGAUGUAGUUUUUCACGCUGAUCUCAAAUCUGGUCUCAAAAACUGCCGAGGAGCUCUGUGAAAAAAGUUAAGGACCCUCAAAAGUCGAAAAUUUCAGUGUCUCCGAUUGAGCUCAUUUUUGGAGGGUGUGUAGACCUUGUCCCUCUGGUCAAGAAAAACCAUUGAAGUUUUCACAAAAAAAUUUCGGAGCCCAGAUAUGAUGUUUCAAAGCCCCGCCCCACACAAGAGCUUGCGAGCGCGGUGUCCUAUUGCGAUCCGGCGACCGUCGAAGCAACGGCAGCAAGGAGCAGUGGUAAGGCGGCGGAAUGGGGAUCACGAGGUCAUAGGUUCGGUGCCCACUCUGUGCAAACUUUUUUUUGCAGUUUUUCCUAUUUUCUAUGAUUUCGUUUAAGGGCUCCUAUUUUGAGUUUCGAGGCGUAUAAACAUGAAAAAUCUUCGUUUUUAGCCUAUUCGAACAUCUAGAAUUAUUUUCGUCAAAAAUUUUUUUCAUGGAAUUUUUCGAGAUUUUUCAUGUAUAUGAGCAUGGGCUGGAGUGAGAAAAUUUUCAGAAAAAUUUUUUUUUUUUUUCCAUUUUUUUGUUCCUAAAAGAUUUAUAAGUUUAAUUAGUCAUAGAUACGCCGACAUAUCCCACAGAAAAAUUUUUUUCCUGGCUUUUUUAGACCUCACCGUUCAACUACGACUGAUGGAAGUUUCGGAAAAUUUUUGCGUAAGUGCUCUUUUUCGAGUUUUGAAGCGGUAAACUGUGAAAGUUCUCCGUUUAGAAACUAUUCAAACACCUGGACCUUUUUUUUGUCAAAAAAAUUUCUUCAUAUAAUUUUUUUCGUUAUUUUCCAUGUGUAUGAGUAUAGGCUCGAGUGAGGAAAAAUUUUUCAAAAAAAUUUUUUUGGUUCUUUUUUUCUUUUUUUAAAUUUUUAUUCAAAGUUUUUCUAGUCCAUUUAUUCAUUGAUACACCAAAAACCACAGUAAUUUUUUUCUUCCAAAAAAACUUCUUUGAGAGUUGCAGUGAUUUACCUAUGAUCAUCACCUUAUGCCUGAAAAAAGUUUUUUUGCGCGAUUUUCCCGAAGUAGAAAAAAAUGAGAGUGCGCAAAAAUUUUAUUGUUGAAUAAAAAAAUUUCUUAUCUUUCCUCGAAAUCUUCUCUCGAAAAAAGUCUGACUGGACUGUGAAAUUUCACAAGUUCCAUUAGAACGAAUUAUUUGGGGGAUUUUUGGUCCCAAUCGUGUUAUCUAUCAAUCAGAAGGGAUUUCUUUUGAAAGUUUCAGCAAAAAUUUGAAAAAAAUGCGGAUUUAUUUUUUCUUAUGAAGUCGUAGUUGAACGGUGAGGUCUAAAAAAAGCCAGGAAAAAAAUUUUUUUCUGUGGGAUAUGUCGGCGUAUCUAUGACUAAUUUAACUUAUAAAUCUUUUAGGGACAAAAAAAUGGAAAAAAACAAAAAAAUUUUUCUGAAAAAUUUUUCUCACUCCAGCCCAUGCUCAUAUACAUGAAAAAAAUCUCGAAAAAAAUUCCAUGAAAAAAAUUUUUGACGAAAAAUAAUUCUAGAUGUUCGAAUAGGCUAAAAAAACGAAGAUUUUUUUCAUGUUUAUACGCCUCGAAACUCAAAAAUAGGAGCCCUUAAACGAAAUCAUAGAAAAAUAGGAAAAAAACUGCAAAAAAAGUUUGCACAGAGUGGGCACCGAACCUAUGACCUCGUGAUCCCCAUUCCGCCGCCUUACCACUGCUCCUUGCUGCCGUUGCUUCGACGGUCGCCGGAUCGCAAUAGGACACCGCGCUCGCAAGCUCUUGUGUGGGGCGGGGCUUUGAAACAUCAUAUCUGGGCUCCGAAAUUUUUUUGUGAAAACUUCAAUGGUUUUUCCUGACCAGAGGGACAAGGUCUACACACCCUCCAAAAAUGAGCUCAAUCGGAGACACUGAAAUUUUCGACUUUUGAGGGUCCAUAACUUUUUUCACAGAGCUCUUCGGCAGUUUUUGAGACCAGAUUUGAGAUCAGCGUGAAAAACUACAUCUGGAAAAAUUGGUCUCAUUGAGAGAUCCCACUGCGACCGGAGACCAUUCCCUGGUAAGCAAGCGAUUUCAGGUGGUUUGCCCACGGAUUGGCCAUGCUGCACUCUAUAGUCAACCCUGUCGUUUACUACCUCCGAAACGCUCGUUUUCGCGAAGGAUUCUGCUUUUUCUCGGCCAAAAUUCUUCCUUGUGUCACCUUCACAGAGUUCAAGCUACUCAAUGAGAACAACCGCAGGUACGACCUCACUUUUAGUGUUUCGAAUUCUGCGAGUGUUUUCUCUUCGCCCCUCUUUCUUUUCCCCUAUCGUUUGAACUUUCCAAAAUCCAGUUUUGUCAUGUCCAAUACCCUUUGAUGGGUUCAAGAAGUCUAACUCAUUUUAAAGCUUUUGUAUUUUAUGAAAUUGUAUGCCUUUUUCGGCACGACGUGAUAAUUCUUUUCUGCUUUGAUUUAUCGCCAAAAAAAAAAAAAUAGAUAAUCUCAUAAACACGAUAGAGCCCGUCAAAAAGAGAGAGCACAGACAGGCCAAGCCUUUUCAAGAUACGGCUAGUCGAAUACAAAAACUUACAUUCCCCAUUAUUUUUAACUUUUUUUUUGAGUUCAGUCCAAUUUUUUUUUCCAAAUGGUUUUGUUAGGCAAUCCAAGUUCCCAUAUAAUUUUCGAGAUUCAGUCAAAUUUUGACACCAACUUUUGACCUAAAUACUUGGAAAUAACCUCAUCCGCUGUCUUUUCUCCCUCUAUGUUGUCUCUUUCUAGCAUCCGGACGAGGUCUCGCUGCUCCGGAACCGUCAAUCCCGCAGACUCUUCCCAAUCGGUAACUCUUUCCUUUUCUCAACGUCUUUUGUUCGUUUCUGUGCUGUUUUACGUUUCGAGUUCCUUUAAGCAUGCUAGUUCAUUUGUUGUUCCAACUUCACAAAGAUAAAAGAAGUUGAGAAAACUUUUUUUUUUGAGAAAUACAGACUUAUAAAUCAUGCUAUGAGAAAAAUAUUGUAUACUGUAAAAAAAAAAUCCAGGCGUCUAGAUCAGUAUAAUAGAUUUCCGUAGAUGUAACUAAAAAUAGAUAUCGUCAAGCCAAGAUAUUUAUCUAGCGAUCAAUGUUCAAAAAAGUUGCACACAAAGCUCGUUUUUCCAAAAGCUUACUUUUUUUCUUCUCAAAGUAGUUUUUUUGAACCAUUAGGUUGAAAAAGUUAACAAAAAGCCUCCUUUGAGUUUUUGGAAAAUUGAAUAGUUUAUGCACUUUCUCGCUGAUUUAAAAAAUACCGCUGGAAAGCUCGACAGACUUUAUUUGCAUAUUUUCAGAUGCCACGCGGUGGAGAUGCUGAAAAUGGGGGUGCUCGAGAAAAAAGAAAGCGACCGUCGUCCUGCAGAGAAAUCCGGCCUCUUAUCUAUCGAGCGACUGCUCUCGACUAA